AUGCCAUACACCAAAUUAUAUUUCAACAGGUUAUCCCUAGGUUUAGUGAAGAGCUCAACUCAAAUUAAUAAGAGAUAUAAACACAAUUCAACUAUAUCAAAAGAUUUGUCAAAUUUUCAAAUCACUAAAAAUGAACAAGAUCUUAUAAAUAAUUUACCAUUUUUUAAGAAUAUAGAGAAAAAGAAGCCAAAAAAAGCGAAAAAGUCAGAAACAGAGGCUGGUGAAAGGGGUGUAUAUGUUAAUAAAAAGUUAGCUGUCGUUGGAAACUAUUUUGCUGAUCCUGAAAAUGAAGGAUACUUUAAGUAUACUUUACCAGAAUCAAAAACAAAUCCAUAUUAUGAUGUGCUAGCAAGUGGUAAAUUAGACAAAAUAAUUCAAUCAAAGAAGGAACUACCGAGGUUAUCAGUUACUAAGUUGCUUACUAAAAGGUGGUGUGAAUUGCGUGAAACCUAUGAUAUUUAUUCAAGAUUACCAAUCUUUUCACAUAACCAAGUUAAAGUAGGUAACAUAAUUCAUUCCAAAUUAGAAAAUAUCUCACAUCCAUUAGAAGUAGAAGUUGAACAAUUUAAAAAAGAAUUUGAACUGAUUGUUCCUACAGAUUCUUUCCAUAAUUUUGCUAACAAAUGGAUUGAUUUAAUAUCAAAAUUUGCAGUGUUAUAUCUAGAGGGAGACGCUCGUGAAAUUCUUUGUCAUGGGUAUCUUAAUUCCAAAUCUGAUAAUUUUUUAAAAAAUAAAACUGCUGAUAAUUUUUCAGAAGAUAUUUUGGUCAGUGGUAUUGCAGAUCAUUUAUUUAUCAGAAGAAGAAAAAGACCCGAAGGAGACGAUAAUCAUAUACUCUUCCCAGAAAUCCAACUCAAAUCAGAUAUAUUUGAUUCAUUUAGCUCAGAUAUGGAUACCAUAUUAAACUACCUAGAUAAAAAUAUUAAUCAACUAAUAUCAAAUCUAGAAGUUGUUAUAACAGAUGUUAAGACAAGAAAUAGUAAGACAAUCCCUGCUUAUUCUUCAGUAGUCAAAUAUUCGAAACUUCAAGUAAUGUAUUAUAGAUAUUUAUUAAAACUCUUGUCUAGUGAUCCUAAAAUUACAUAUCAUAAUUUAUUGAAGAAUGUAAGAUAUAGAGGAUUUGAUGUUGAUAAACCCAUUGAUCCAGCAAUGAUGAUUCCAAUUCUAAUGUCAUCCGAUCUCUUCAUGAAUGAUUGUAGAAAAUUAAGGGAUGGCCUAACAGUACCGAAUAAUUUUUUUAAAACUGAUCCUCAUUCAAACCAAGGAACCCAAAACAAAGCUUAUGAUUGGUCUAAGUAUGAAAAUAUCAUAGCUGAUCCAAAUAUUCAAAAUAGGUUAUCUGAGUUUUUCGUUAAAUGGAAACAACCAGUAACUCUAAGAUAUUUAGCAAUGAGAAUGAGUCAAUUUUAUUAUUAUACCGGCAAACUGUUAUCUAACCAACUAUAUAUUGAGUACUAUUUCAAAGGGGUUAACUUUCAAACUACUCCUUUUAAAUACAACCAUCAAUUAUUAGAAGAUGAAAUUAAAAGUAGUUCUAAAUUUUGGUUUGGUAAAAGAUCAAUCGAGCCUAUUGACCCAUCAAUGAAAAAUUUAAGAUCCUAUUGCGAUAACUGUGAUUAUAAGAGUGUUUGCUUAUGGAAAAAAGAAGGCUUUGAAAAACUUAAUGGAUUAGGCAAAGACUUACUAAAUGUCCAAAAGCACUUCAUAAACGGCUCAUUAAAUGGAAAUAACUUGGGCGAAAGUUCUUUACUGUAG